AUUCCAUCAUGCGAAACGAAGGUAAACAAAUGAAGUCUAAAAUAAGUCGGUACCCUGAAAAUAUUUUUUUUCGCUAAGUGGGUGCGUUGUACGGUUCAGCUUCCGCGAUUGCAGUUACAUUUUUCGUUCUAGAUUCGUACGUAGCGCACCUUUAUUCCCCCGAUAGCAGCUGAGCUCAAUUUGUGUAAGAUGAAAAAACUUUUCCAUAAGCGGGGCUCGCUCAUAUUGACCGAAAAGCCGUUCGCCUGGGUUCUGCAAUCGCGCUAUCGUAGUGAACGUUGUGAUAAGUGCUUCAAAACGAACAAAGUGUUAAAAUGCAGCAACUGCUUAUACGUUCGAUACUGCAAUCGGUUUUGUCAGAAAGAAGCCUGGCCAGAACAUCAAGCAGAAUGUCCGAAGCUGAAAGCCGUUGGUAGUCGCACCGUACCGGAUGCGGCCCUCAUGAUGGCUCGUAUCAUCCGUAAACUCCAAAAGGGAGGCGAUUUUGAGAAGGGAUAUUACUCGUCAAAAUACUACCGACGAUUUGGAGAUCUCAUGACUCACGAAGAUGAUAUAAAAAAAGACGAACGUCGCAUGGAACAUUUCCAAUCACUGGUAGUGGUGUUGCAAUCGUUGCUCGAUGAAACUUCAAUGCCCAGUGCCACAGAGCUUUUGCAGAUCUAUGGAAAGAUGUGCAUCAACAGCUUCAACAUUCUAGAUGAUGAUAUGAACAGCAUCGGUACCGGAAUGUACCUGGGAGCUUCGAUAAUGGACCAUCGCUGUCGACCUAACGCAGUGGCCACCUUCGAUGGCACCACGAUUCACGUGCGGCUACUCGAAGACUACAGCGGGAGUGAAAUUGACUUCGACAAGAUUUUCAUCUCCUACAUAGACCUUCUAAAUCCGGCUGUGGUUCGCAAGAAUCGUCUCCGAGCACAGUAUUACUUCGAAUGUGGCUGUGAGCGUUGUAAAGACGAAAAGGAAACGAUGCUUAUGAACUCUGGGGUAUGUCCACUGGCAGAUUGCGAUGAACCGAUUCUACUCGAGGAUGAGAGCGUGAAAAAAUGUCCUCGGUGCAGAACUGCUAUUAAACAAUCUGCACGAGACAAGUACAGAGAAAUCAUCGGCUUCACCAAGGGUCAUCUGGAGGAAAUGUACUCCAUUGCUUAUUUGGACGUGUGUCAGCUUUGCUUGAAAAAGCAAGAAAACAUUCUGCAUUACUACAACGUGUGGUACCUCAAGACGCUAGAUCACGCUUUCGAGAGUGCAAUCGAAAUGGAAAAAUGGGAAGAAGCGAUUGGCUACGGGCUGCAACUUAAGGACGGUUUCCAGAAGUAUAACGGCCCAUUUCACCCACUGUAUGGCUUGUUGUUGUUAAAGAUCGGUAAAAUACAACUGUUCGUGAAACAGUUUAGCCAAGCUUUAAAACAUAUUCAUGACAGCGAAAAAAUUGUACGUGUGACCCACGGAGAGCAACACGAUUUGUAUAAAAAUCGAUUAAUACCGCUACUGUGUCAAGCUGCCAGUGAAUAUGAAGCCAUGGAAAAUAAAUAAUUUAGACAUUUGUUGAAA